CUUCAAUGGUAGUCUGAUUGCUGUUCGAGACGAUCGUUUGCUCAAUUCGUUGUUUAAUUAUCCCCGGGUCAUCUCUAUUCUUCGGCUGCCGGGCCCUCGGCGAUUUCCUCCGCACGCCAAAGUCUUUGCCCUUUGUUUUGCUCGCGUUUGAUUUGGCUCGCCUCGGGAGGCAUAGUCUCCAAGUGUACUGAGGAUGGGAGGUUUUCCUUUGGAAAAUGGCCCCUCAGCCAUGGCUUUGCCAGGUUCACAGCAAACCCAAGUUUCUGCUGUAAAAACAACUGCACCCGAGUCAAAGCCAAAAAAGAAGAUCUGUUGCGCUUGCCCUGACACGAAGAAGCUGAGAGAUGAGUGCAUCGUACAGCAUGGUGAAGAUGCUUGCAAAAAAUGGAUUGAGGCUCAUCUAACAUGCCUCCGUGCAGAGGGAUUCAAUGUUUGAGUUCAACUGAGAUGGGAUUUGAACUGACAACAAGUUGAGAUACAUUUAGCUGAUAGAGACUACAUACUGGGACGGUUUUACUGAGAUCGGAUUUAAAAAAUAAGUGAGAAGACAGCAUUUUGCUGGAGUUUUGAAUUGAUACAUUAACACGACCCAUGCCUUUUCUUUUUGUUCUCGAAUGAUGAAUGUGUAACCGAUUAUGGUGAUUAUACCUUUCUUUGAGACAGAGGCUCUGAUUCGAUUUUCUUUAGUGGAGUGAUUUCACUCUCACCCAUCCACAGUUGGGUUGGUCGUUUCAUCUAUGACAAUUUGUGUUCAUAAGCAGAGAUGUUUCUGACACUUGGAAGUAACACUUUUGUUGAUAGUUUUUUUA